GUCAACAGCAAUAUGUUGCACUUGGCCGCAGCAGGGAAACAGACAACAGACAGACUAUGUGAGGAGGUGUGAUCCCUUUAAACAAUGGACUAAAACAGGAACACUGUUACUGAACAGAAACAGUGGACCUCCGCCAUCCUGCCAUGGAGGGGUCAGCUGCAAAAAAAAAACCAGGAUAUGGACAUCACAAAAAAGAGACGUCUGUUGGCCGCACAUCUCUGUCCCGUCAGUCCAUAGCAGACUGCAGUGGUGACGAGCUGACUCAGCCGAAAAAACUUAACGGUUCCUCAGUGGAGCCGCCGAGCUACCAUAACCUGCACCGGGAGCUGCUGCUCAGCCAUAAACGUGGCCUGCUGCUGGAGGAGAAACCAGAGCUGAAGCGAGUGUUGGAGCAGCGCAGACUGGAGCUCCAUAAGGGAGAGGAGAUGGCCCGACAGCAGCCCUCAGACCUGGAGCAGGAGCUCCGCAAGAGGCAGCAGAAGCUGCAAGAGUAUGAGCAGGAGGAGAUCAGGCGGCGAGAGAACCAGCAGAAGAUCCCAGAGUUUGUCCGUGUGAAGGACAACCUGAGGCGGACACAGACGUCUGAGCAGUGAGGCCCCACGGCUCCCAUCAGCCCCUGCAGAAUCUCACCAUAGUGGCCCUAUCUUCAUGUUCACUGUUUGCUGAGUUACACAUAAAAAAAUCAAAUCAGGCACCAGCUCACUACACAUCUCUUAGUGAAUUUUAAAUUACAUUUUGAGACAUCAGAAUCUGUGUGAGGAAUCAUGCGUACCAAAAAACACAUAUUUAGAAAAUCUUAUAACUCUGUCACUGUUGUGUUUCUGAUGAGGGAGUGGAAGUGUUCAUUUUUUAUUCACAAUUAUGUGGUUGAAGGAAAGAGGAUGGAUAUUUUUUAUGUUUUUUUAUGGUCAUUAAUUUUUUUUUCAACUUCUCAUGCCUCCUCUUGGAUUAAAGAAGUAUCAGGCUGUUUUAUUGUUUUUUGUGGAGAGGUCACACAAGUCAAAUUCUAUAAGACCACUACAUGAUUAUUAACAGAGACAUUUCUCAACAGAGCUGUUUUGUAAUGAUAGAAAUCCCCCACAAGUG